AUGAUCACAGUCAACCCCGAUGGGAAGAUAAUGGUCAGAAGAUGCCUGGUCACCUUGAGACCCUUUCGGCUCUUUGUCCUGGGCAUCGGCUUCUUCACUCUCUGCUUCCUGAUGACAUCUCUGGGAGGCCAGUUCUCGGCCCGGCGCCUGGGGGACUCGCCCUUCACCAUCCGCACAGAAGUGAUGGGUGGACCUGAGUCCCGUGGUGUCCUCCGCAAGAUGAGCGACCUGCUAGAGCUGAUGGUGAAGCGCAUGGACAUGCUGGCCAGGCUGGAGAACAGCAGUGAUCUGCACCGGGCUGCCGGCGACGUGCACUUUGCUGCAGACAGGUUACCCCCUGGGGCUGGUCUCAUGGAGCGGAUCCAGGCUAUUGCCCAGAAUGUCUCCGACAUCGCUGUGAAAGUGGACCAGAUCCUGCGCCACAGCCUGCUCCUGCACAGCAAGGUGUCUGAAGGCCAGCGGGAACAGUGUGAGGCGCCCAAUGACCCCAAGUUCCCUGACUGCUCAGGGAAGGUGGAGUGGAUGCGUGCCCGCUGGACCUCUGACCCCUGCUACGCCUUCUUUGGGGUGGACGGCACCGAGUGCUCCUUCCUCAUCUACCUCAGUGAGGUCGAGUGGUUCUGCCCCCCGCUGCCCUGGAGGAACCAGACGGCUGCCCAGAUAGCCCCCAAGGCCCUCCCCAGAGUGCAGGCAGUUUUCCGGAGCAACCUGUCCCACCUCAUGGAGCUGAUGGGCAGUGGGAAGGAGUCCCUGAUCUUCAUGAAGAAGCGGACCAAGCGGCUCACGGCCCAGUGGGCACUGGCUGCCCAGCGCCUGGAGCAGAAGCUCGGGGGCAUCUGGAGGGACCAGAAGCAGAUCCUGGUCCACAUCGGCUUCCUGACGGAGGAGUCUGGAGACGUGUUCAGCCCGCGGGUGCUGAAGGGCGGGCCUCUGGGGGAGAUGGUGCAGUGGGCCGAUAUCCUGGCUGCCCUCUACGUCCUGGGCCACGGUCUGCGGGUCACAGUCUCCCUGAAGGAGCUGCAGAGUAACUUAGGGGUGCCGCCAGGCCGGGGGAACUGCCCGCUCACCAUGCCCCUGCCUUUCGACCUCAUCUACACCGACUAUCAUGGCCUGCAGCAGAUGAAGCAGCACAUGGGACUCUCCUUCAAGAAGUACCGGUGCCGAAUCCGUGUCAUCGACACCUUUGGAACGGAACCUGCAUACAACCACGAGGAGUAUGCCACGCUGCAUGGCUACCGGACCAACUGGGGCUACUGGAACCUCAACCCCAAGCAGUUCAUGACCAUGUUCCCUCACACCCCGGACAACUCCUUCAUGGGCUUCGUGUCCGAGGAGCUCAGCGAGACAGAGAAGCAGCUGAUCAAAGAUGGCAAGGCCAGCAACAUGGCCGUGGUGUAUGGCAAGGAGGCGAGCAUCUGGAAGGUGAGCGGGAAGGAAAAGUUUUUGAGCAUCCUGAACAAGUACAUGGAGAUCCACGGCACUGUGUACUACGAGAGCCAGCGGCCCCCCGAGGUCCCAGCCUUCGUGAAGAACCACGGCCUCUUGCCGCAGCCUGAGUUCCAGCAGCUGCUGCGCAAGGCCAAACUCUUCAUAGGGUUUGGCUUCCCCUACGAGGGCCCUGCGCCCCUGGAGGCCAUCGCCAACGGCUGCGUCUUCCUGCAGUCCCGCUUCAGCCCACCCCACAGCUCCCUCAACCAUGAGUUCUUCCGAGGCAAGCCCACCUCUAGAGAGGUGUUCUCCCAGCAUCCCUAUGCAGAGAACUUCAUUGGCAAGCCCCAUGUGUGGACUGUUGACUACAACAACUCAGAGGAGUUUGAAGCAGCCAUCAAGGCCAUCAUGAGAACCCAGGUCGACCCCUACCUGCCCUACGAGUACACCUGUGAGGGGAUGCUGGAGCGAAUCCAUGCCUAUAUCCAGCACCAGGACUUCUGUGCAGCCCCAGGCCCCGCCCCACCAGUGGCCCAUGGCCCACAGAGCCCCUUUGUCCUGGCCCCCAAUGCCACCCACCUCGAGUGGGCCCACAACUCCAGCGUGGCCCCCGGGUCCUGGCCCCCGGCGCACUCCCUGCGGGCCUGGCUGGCCGCCCCCGGGAGGGCCUGCACCGACGCCUGCCUGGACCACGGGCUGGUCUGCGAGCCAUCCUUCUUUCCCUUCCUCAACAGCCAGGACGCCUUCAUCAAGCUGCAGGUGCCCUGUGACAGCACCGAGUCGGAGAUGAACCACCUGUACCCGGCCUUUGCCCAGCCCGGCCAGGAGUGCUACCUGCAGAAGGAGCCCCUGCUCUUCAGCUGUGCCGGCUCCAGUACCAAGUACCACCGGCUCUGCCCCUGCCGUGACUUCCGCAAGGGCCAGGUGGCCUUGUGCCAGGGCUGUCUGUGA